CACACAUGGUUUGGUUCGGUACAUUUGUGUGUCUCAUUGAAAACAAUUCCAAUGAUAAGAUAUCAGGCACCAGGCACCAGGUACCUGAGACGUCAAACCAUCCAAUCAACCCUUCCGCAGUCGACAGCGCCAUCGCCUGAACUGCUAUCGUCAGUCAUUAGUCGGCAUCAGUUAACAGUGGUACGGAAUCGGUAAAGGAUUGGCAGUAACGCAGCACCGCAACACCGCAACACGAUGGGCUUGAAACUGAGAUGGUUUCGCCGAAGGAUCACCUUCGAUGGUAUCCCAUCAGCCCCGGAAAGAAGCAUCCGCCGGAAGGAGGCCACAAGUGGAACAGUGAUCGGUGUGUAUCGACAUAGUAGCCACUUUGAGGACUACAUUGAACCGGUUCGAUCUUCCUACUGGGAACCACCGCCACAAGCGAUCGCACGUGCCACUAUUCGCACGAGCAAUCCUUCUUCCACGUCCACAAACAGUCCAUCGUCAUCGUCCACCUCCAAUGGACGCUCGUGGCCGAUGACAAUGAACGCCCCCGACAGCGCAGCACCACCACCACCACCAACGCUGCCCGUCCCCACCACUAUCUCUUCCGUGAGUCGAUCGGCCAAUGUCGCCGCCGCCGUCGCCGUUCGUUCGCCGGUAAUUGAUAGAAAGCCUGAUAAGAUAGAGAGCCGCGCGGAGAGCGCCGACAGUACGCGGUUAAGCAAUGGAAUGCACCUUGAAACACCGCCCGAACCCAUGUACACGCCACCAUUGCCACCGGCUAGGAAGGGUCUAGGGAAGGCCAAAUCCUUGGCUAGUCUGGCACCUGCGGUGGCACCCAGCAUGGGCCAAGACUUUAACCGAAUGCCACCAUCAGAUGAGUCCGAAGAUUCCGACAUCUACGGGUAUGUUGGGACCGCGGCAAGUGAAUCACACCUUCGGUCAACGCAAUCGGUUGAGGUGUUGACCAGCAUCAGUCCGUUAAAAAGAUCAUUACCUUCUUCACCGAGCGCAUCGCCCAUUGUCGUGCCAAUACCACGAACUAGGAGCACGACAAGCUUAACCCAAGCACCCCCUUCCUCGUCACCGUCACUGUCUUCGCUAUCCUCCACCACAUCGACCGUGUUGGAAGGUGAAAAGCCAUCGCCAAGCGUCAACAAAGUACUGGCGGCAUCCAACGAAUCGCCCUCCGAAUCGGAGGAACCAUUCCAGACCAUCUUCGAGCGGGUUCAGCCUCGAGGCAAACGGGAAAGCCCACCACCAGAACGCGACGAUAGUCCUCCUGCAACACCGACACCACCUCCGCAGCGCAAACCCGUGCUCGUUGUUUCGCCAACCACUUCGUCGGCACAGCCAUCACCACCACAUCAGCCCAAAUCGAUCCUCAAAAAGCGUGCCCCAGCACCGCCACCCGUGGAAGCUACCUCGGAGAUUGCCUUCCAACGGAUACCCACUGCACCGCCACGAACGAUACGCACCCUGGAAAACGCACCCUCACCAAAACCACUCGAAACUCCGGAAGUGCUAAACUCUCCAGAGAAGCGCGUAACGGCCACUCCUGGCCACGAUGACGACAACGACGACGACGAUGAUGAUGAUGACUUUAAUUGGGACUUUGUGCAACGGCAUCGGUCGAGCAUUGAUCGAACCGUGGCCGCCCAAACGCAAAUCGAUCCGGAAGUGCUGCGGAAUGCACCGGCGGCCUUAAAACAACCACUCCCGACGAGUGCCCCCGUGAACCGCAAUCCUCUGGUGGAACCCAUCGCGCAACCUCGAACCCUGCGCGGAAUGCGUAAUCAACGGGCACGACCACAAGAGACGCGGGAUUGGAGUGCAGAGCCACGGCCAGCCGCCGCGGGAGGGCAGGAAACGCACCAAGGGCGUGCCAGUGAUUCAAACGCUUCCGAGACGUCUGCUUAAGUUGGCGCAGUUAGGUUUAGAGUCUGUAGUGAUAAAACCCCAAAAUAAAGAUCGUCCGAGUUGUACCGUGACGAAGAGAGAGUUAAGCGAUUCGAAGGA